GGCCGGCCGGCCGCGAUGUCCGGCGCCGAGGAGGCCGGCGGGGGCGGCCCGGCCGCGGGGCCUGCCGGUGCCGUGCCGGCCGGGGCCGGGGCCGGGGUCGGGGCCGGGGCCGGAGCGUCUGCGGGGCCGGCGGCGGCGCUGGGCGAGGCGGCGGGGCCCGGGGUCCCAGACGAGGCGGGCCUGGCCGGUGCCCGGCAGUUGCAGGAGGCGGCGGGCGACCCCGAUGCGCCGCCCAAGAAGCGGCUACGGGCGGCCGAGACGGCCGAGGCGGCGGCGGCGGCGGCGGCGGCGGGCAGCGGGAAGCUGGAGGAGCGGCUCUACUCGGUUCUGUGCUGCACGGUCUGCCUGGACCUGCCCAAGGCCUCCGUGUACCAGUGUACUAAUGGUCACUUGAUGUGCGCUGGCUGUUUUAUCCACCUACUAGCAGAUGCCCGGCUGAAGGAGGAGCAAGCCACGUGCCCCAACUGUCGUUGCGAGAUCAGUAAGAGCCUCUGCUGCCGCAACCUGGCCGUGGAGAAGGCCGUGAGCGAGCUGCCCUCUGAGUGUGGCUUCUGCCUGUGCCAGUUCCCCCGCUCCCUCCUGGAGAGGCACCAGAAAGAGGAGUGCCAGGACAGGGUGACGCAGUGCAAGUACAAGCGUAUCGGCUGCCCAUGGCACGGCCCUUUCCAUGAGCUGACAGUGCACGAGGCCGCGUGUGCCCACCCAACCAAGACGGGCAACGAGCUGAUGGAGAUCCUGGACGAGAUGGACCAGAGCCACCGCAAGGAGAUGCAGCUCUACAACAGCAUCUUCAGCCUGCUCAGCUUCGAGAAGAUUGGCUACACAGAGGUCCAGUUCCGGCCGUACCGCACGGACGACUUCAUCACGCGCCUGUACUAUGAGACGCCGCGGUUCACGGUGCUGAACCAGACGUGGGUCCUGAAGGCGCGCGUGAACGACUCAGAGCGCAACCCCAACCUGUCGUGCAAGCGCACGCUGUCCUUCCAGCUCCUCCUCAAGAGCAAGGUAACGGCGCCCCUGGAGUGCUCUUUCCUGCUGCUCAAGGGCCCGUACGACGACGUGAAGAUCAGCCCUGUCAUCUACCACUUCGUCUUCACCAACGAGAGCAACGAGACAGACUACGUGCCGCUGCCCAUCGUCGACUCCGUGGAGUGCAACAAGCUGCUGGCCGCCAAGAACAUCAACCUGCGGCUCUUCCUGUUCCAGAUACAGAAGUAGGCAGCCCCGUGGCGCUGCCCACGCCUGCCCGGCAGCGGCUUCACGGCGCCAUCGCCCAUCUCAGCCAAGAAGGAAAAGGAACAGAAGCGAACACUGGGACGUCUGCAUGCGUGGGCGAAGGUGGGAGCGCCCCCCUCGCCCUCUGCCCCACCUCCCCUGUCCCGGGCGCUGGAGGCCGGGCCACCGCAGAGGAGACGCUGCUCGGGGACCCAAGGGGCGCGGCGCAGCACGGCAGCCUGGCCCCGGCCCCUACCGCGCAGCGGGCCACGUGCCUGCUCUGGGCCGCACACGGGGCUGCGCACGGCCCCUGGGCCGGGCUCGGGGGCGCUGACCUCAGACGGCAUAUUUGAUUGCAAUUAAAAAGGCACCCUUGUUUCCUACUUUCUGUUUUGUUCGAGGGGAAGGCGUGGCUGUAAUUGGACAGAAUGGGGUCUUCGGUUUGGCCAAGGGUCAGAGCCCGCCCAUCCCUGUGACUGCACCUUCACGUGCCCCGCCCCAGGAGAGACUUGGAGUCGCUGCCCCCUCUGUCACAGGCCUGGGCAGGGGAACGGGCGGGGUCGGGGCUCUCACUAUCUCCAGCACAUCCCACCCCCAGCCACUCCAGGGAGGCAGGACUUGGCCACCAGGGCUCAGCAGACGUUUCGGAAUGCAGGGUGAUUUUCUGUCUCUUCCCAGGGAAAAAAUUAAACCCUUUACAGGCUCUUCUACAAGUUAAUGCAAAUUGAGCAAGAGAGAAUCUAUCUUCUGUAUUCAGCCUUAAGGACUCAGUGUCCCCAGGCUGUGAGGAGAGUUCUGGGGUCUGCCGGCGGUGAGCAGUCCUGGCUGUGUGAGGGUCUGAGUGGUCCAGCUGCCCCCAUGCUGCUCUCAGGGACCAGCUGCUGGCCCUGCAUCCAGGGCUCUGCAUGGAAGUCAGCGCUGGGCAGUGUGGUUUCUCACCCGAGGGAGGUGGGCCCCCCGAGGUCCUGCAGUCCUGCCCCAGAGCUGCGGUGAGCAGGCCCAAGUGCAGGCCUCACAGGGGGAAGGAGCCCUGCCUGGGGAUCCCGGGACCCUGGGACCUACUGGGAAAGGGAGAGCUCCGGCCCCUGCUUAGGAGACAAGGCUCUUCUGCAAUAGUUUCUCGUUGCUUCAAUACCAAAGAACUGUUUGCUUCGCCCCCCAGCCAGGCCCACCCCGUGCUUGGAGCAGCCCCUGCCGGCCUGGCCCCCUAUUGCCCGGGCUCUGCAGGCUCAGUGGGCAGGGCCGCCCUGGCCUGUCUCUGGGGGCUCCUUUUUCUCCUGGCCCUCAAGGUGGGGAGCUGAGAAGGGGAGUGAAGGAGCUAUGGGGUACAGCUCGAGCCUCAGCCAGUUCCUAGUGGACGAAGCAGCCCUCCCAGGCUGGCGGGGCCCCUGUUCCCCACCCAGGGCAUGGGGCUGGCGGGGGUCCCAUCCUGCAAGGCCGACUCAGCCUGGCUUGCCCUCCACAAAGAAAGACCCCACCCCAGCCCCAGCCCAUCCUUGUGGGCAUCUGACCCAGGCACACCCUGGUGUUGUACCACUGCCCUCAGAGGCUGCCCCUGCCUGCCUGUAGGCGCAGAGGAUGACAUUCACGUCAACACGGGCCAGGUCUUCUGUGUAUGGAUGGCUCCCUGUCACCCUAUUGGGUCUCUUGGGGAUGGACACCCUCUCUGUCAAUUCCAAAGUGACCAUAUUGUGAGGGGGGCCAGGACAGGGGUGGGUUUGCCUGGUCCGUGUGUGUCUGGGUGCCUGUGUGAGAUUGAGGAAGCGGAGGGGCGGGCCCCCGGCAGCUCUCCUGGGUGGGGCAGGUGAAGGUGUGUGGCUGCCACAGAGGGCC